AUGUCAAUAAGGCUCUUCUGCUUAGAAAAAGGAAAGGCUCCCGCUACCAGGCACGCCUUUCCAGUUGAAAUUAGAAGAGAAAAGACAGUUGGUGACCUCAAGAAGAUUAUUAAGGCAGAGAAGUCGAUCGACUUUGGAAAUGUCGACGCUAACAAUCUUAAGUUGUGGAAGGCAAAUAUUCCUGCAAAGCAAGAUGAGCUAAUAAUGAAUUUUACCCCGCAGAGUAGUGAUGAGCUACUGGCGACUCAGGAUAUAGAGGAAUAUUGGCCAGGGAAGGAAGGGUCGCCGAAAAGGCAACAUAUUCACAUAAUUGUUGAAAUAUCACCCGGAUCCCAUAAGCUAAGAAAGUCGGAUAGCGAUGAUGAAAAUCUGAGAAAAUUCUGGAAUGCUUUAAAGAAUGGCAAAAUAGAAAAGAUUGAUUAUGGACAGUUCCUUAGGUCACCCGAAGACGUUUACUAUCUUCUGGGAAAAGAUGAAAGAGGUUCCAAUAUAUUCACUCUAUACAUCCGUGAAUGUUAUCACCAUCUAUCUGAUAUUAUUUUUAAGAAUGACAAUAUCCGUCGUUGGCGUAUUACUGGUAAUCCGGGAGUCGGGAAAACCUUCUUUUGCUAUUUCUUACUUUAUCUCCUUGCACAACGCCGCGAAACGGUUGUAUAUCACAAACAAAACAAGUCUCCAAUUAUCUUUAGCGAGGAAAGCGUUUUUAGUUACAAUUCGGAUAACAUUCACGCAUUCAAAGAUUAUCUAGGAAACGAAGAUGUUUGGUAUAUUGUGGAUAGUAGAGAGCCUAUGGAAUACGUUGCCAAGACAAUUCUUGUCUGCUCUCCCCAGAAACGUUACUACAGUCAUUUUGAUAAUCUUGGAACAACCAUUUUAUACAUGCCAGUAUGGUCUUGGACAGAGAUAGAUACUUGCAGGAGCGUACUUUUCUGUGAUCUUACUAAAGAAUAUGUCCGGGAAUUAUAUAAUAAAUGGGGAGGAAUUCCUCGAUUUGCUUUGUUUUAUGCUCUCAAUCAUUCUCAACAAAGUCUUCUUCAGAUGGCUAUUAAUUCGGUCGACGAUAAGCUAUUUAAUUUCAUUGGAGAAGUCACCAAUGAAGAUAGUUCUAUCUAUAAUGUCGUUCAUUUCUACACGAACGUACCAGAAGUAGUUGAAAUAGUCGAAGGAGAAGUAAGUAGAGUGGAAGAUAACCCUGGGGAAUCUUCUGUACCAAGAGCUUCUACCGUAAUCAGACCAGAUAAGGGAAAAUAUGUUGAAGGCGUAACUAGAAAACCCUUUUAUUCAGCUUCAAUUUUAGUAUUUGCGUCCGACUAUGUUUCUGAAAGGGUAAUUGACAGGCUCAUAAAAAAUUAUAGGGAUCAAUUACAGAAUUUCGUGGAGGGCAACUCGUCAAUAAGCGAUUACAGUACACUCCGGAGUGCCGUAUUCGAGCAAAUUGCUCACAGGAAGUUACUAAAGGGUGGAUCAUUCAGGAUUCGUCCUUUAUCUGCAAAAACUGUCUCUUGCUUUGGGAAGAAUGGCCUUAAAGUGUCAAUACCAAGUCAGGACAAAUUAAUGUUUAAUAAUAUUGAUGAAAUUAUUCCCAACAAGUAUUGCAUUCCAACUCAGAAAGAUAGCGCAUCAUUCAAUGCUUUCGUUUCUCACGACUUGUUCCUCCAAAUGACCGUUGCUAAGAGUCAUCCUAUCAUUCAGAGUAACUUGGAAAAAUAUAUCAACAUGGAUGAUAACUCGGACAUCAAGUUUUACUUCGUCUUGCCAAAGGGGUUAUAUGAUUAUUAUCAGGAGCAAGUUAUUCACACUUCGAAGGAAAAUAUCGAGAAUAAGCAACCAUGGAUCAAUCGCAUUAAACAAUAUGCUCUGGAAAUCGACCUAAAGAUAUAA